UUCAACUUCUCCACGUGCUCUCUCUCCCCUCUUUCUCUCUCUUUCUCGCGGGAAUGGACACCGGCCGGCGACCACCCGCGAGUUCGAUCCGGCCGGCGAAAGUGGCCGUCGCCGAGGGAACCUCAAAGGGUCGUCAUCAUCUUCAAAAGGCCAAGGCUUCUGAUGCCUUACCCUUACCACUUUAUCUAACCAACGGGAUCUUCUUCACCCUCUUCUUCACCGUCGCAUACUUCCUCCUCCAUCGAUGGAGAGAAAAGAUCAGGAAUUCCAUGCCCCUUCACGUCGUUACUCUCUCCGAGCUCGUCGCCGUUCUCUCACUCAUAGCUUCAUUCGUUUAUCUAUUGGGUUUCUUUGGGAUCGAUUUCGUUCAAUCCCUCUUUACAGGACGAUCUCCUCAAGAUGAUGUCUGGGAUUCCGAUGAUAACUUAAUCCUUAACGAGGAGAAACGAUGUACACCCUGUGCCGCCUCUAUUGACUCAUCCCCUUUGGUUUCUCAUCCUCCUAAGGCGGCGGCGGCAGCAGUGACAGCGGUUUCGGAAGAGAAAUUCAUAAUUACAGGGGAAGAUGAAGAGAUCGUUAAGGCGGUUGUUGAUGGUAAGAUUCCUUCUUAUUCGCUUGAAUCUAAACUCGGUGACUGUAAGAAAGCUGCUGGGAUUCGACGAGAGGCGUUACAGAGAAUUACUGGUAAGACUCUAGAUGGACUUCCCUUGGAAGGAUUCGAUUACGAGUCAAUUUUGGGUCAGUGCUGUGAGAUGCCAAUUGGGUAUGUUCAGAUACCAGUUGGCAUUGCCGGACCGCUGCUUCUUGAUGGUAAGGAAUACUCCGUUCCUAUGGCGACCACUGAGGGUUGUUUGGUAGCGAGUGCGAAUAGAGGAUGUAAGGCGAUCAACGCCUCCGGUGGUGCCACUAGUGUUCUUUUUAAAGACGGCAUGACUAGAGCUCCCGUUGUUCGCUUUCCCACGGCGAAGAGAGCUGCAGAUCUGAAAAUGUUUAUGGAGGAUCCGAUUAAUUUCGACACCCUUUCCAUCGUUUUCAACAAAUCCAGCAGAUUUGCUAGACUUCAGGGAGUCAAAUGCGCCAUCGCAGGAAAGAAUCUGUACAUGAGAUUCACCUGUAGCACGGGAGAUGCUAUGGGGAUGAACAUGAUAUCAAAAGGAGUUCAGAAUGUUCUUGAUUUCCUCAUGUCCGACUUCCCUGACAUGGAUGUAGUUGGCAUCUCCGGAAACUUUUGCUCAGACAAGAAGCCUGCAGCUGUAAACUGGAUUGAAGGGAGAGGGAAAUCAGUAGUGUGUGAGGCAAUCAUCAAGGAAGAAGUGGUGAAGAAGGUGUUGAAGACAAACGUAUCAACACUGGUGGAACUGAACAUGCUGAAGAAUCUAACAGGGUCAGCCAUGGCUGGUGCCCUUGGCGGGUUCAAUGCGCAUGCAGCUAAUAUAGUAUCAGCUGUAUUCAUAGCCACUGGUCAGGAUCCAGCUCAGAAUGUGGAGAGCUCUCAUUGCAUAACAAUGAUGGAGGCUGUGAAUGAUGGAAAAGAUCUUCAUGUAUCAGUUACAAUGCCAUCAAUUGAGGUGGGGACUGUUGGAGGUGGUACCCAGUUAGCUUCGCAAUCGGCUUGCCUGAAUCUGUUGGGAGUGAAGGGAGCUAACAGAGAAUCACCUGGAUCGAAUGCAAGGAUGUUGGCCAGUAUUGUGGCUGGAGCUGUUCUUGCAGGGGAGCUUUCUUUAAUGUCGGCUAUUGCAGCUGGACAACUUGUUAACAGUCAUAUGAAAUACAACAGAUCUAGCAAAGAUGUUACCAAAUUGGCUGCCAUAUCGUAAUCCUUUUUUGACUUGUAACAGUCAUAUGUUGUUGUUGUUGUUGUUGUUGUUGUUAACAAACAUGAAAUCAUAGUCAGUUGUCUGUCCUAAAUCAGGAGGAGAAUCCAGGAGGCAACAAACAGUUCUGCUUUGAGUGUUGAUGAUCCAACAGUUUCCUUUUCUUUCCUUCAUCAGUUGUAAUUUAUUUUUCUUCCAGCCUUCAGUCUUUCUAUCUGUCUAACUCUCAACAUUCUCUGUUCAGCACAUGUAUCAAAGUUGUUUCAUUUUCAUUUCUCUUUUUGGGUGAAUUGCAAAUAUGCUGCUGUAAGUUGUACACUAAUAAGAAUGGGGUUCCACUCAA